AUUGACAUUAGUCGCACAAACAAAGCUUCCUUCAAGUGUUGUUUUGAUCAUUUCGAUUCUCGUUUGUUGGGGUUUCUGUGAAUUUGUUUUUAGAAUUACAUUAAUUUUAUAAAUCAAAUUUUAUUAUGGGUGGCGGCGAUUUGAACACAAAAAAGUCCUGGCAUCCAAAUACGUUCAAAAAUCAGGAGCGCGUCUGGAAGGCGGAGCAAGCCGAUGCAGUUGAAAAGCGGAAGCUCGCCGAACUGCAACACGAGAUAGACGAGGAGCGGAACCGGGAGGAAUUGAAAAGUAUCGCUAAAAAAUCCGGUCUUAUUGCCGACAACGAUGGUGAUAGAAAACUGGAAUGGAUGUACAAAGGACCCCAAGUUAACAGGGAGGAAUAUUUGCUGGGUCGCACCAUCGAUAAAACUUUCGAACAGCUUGAUGCACAGGAGAAGGCUAGCUCCAGUGUAGGAAUCAGCCAACCAAAAAAUCAUGUCGAGCACGAAUGUAUUCCGUUCUCUAUCCGCCAAUAUAAAGGGCUCGAAAGCACAGAACAAGUUGAUAUCGCGAGAAAGCUAAUGGAAGAUCCUCUUAUGGCCAUCAAACAGAAGGAGGUUGAAAGCCGACAAAAAAUCCUCGAAAAUCCUGUGAAGUUAAAGGAACUGCAUCGACUUUUGAAAAACGACCGAAGCAUUCACGAACGGACAGAUCGAAAUAAGAAAUCCAAAAAAAGCAAAUCAAAAAAUAAGAAAAGAGAUUGCCGUUCGGCAACCGAUUCAGAAAGCGAAUCUCAAGAUUUAGAUCGGAUUCUUGCAGAAAAGUACAAGAAAAUUCAAAACUCGAUGAAACCUGACGAGAAAGAAGAGAUUGGUUUAGACAAACUGCUCACAAUAAAAUACAAAAAGCUGUCUAAAGAAUUAAACAAAUUAGCCAAACCUAAAAAAUCCAGGAGAAAUAGAAGCAGUAGUGAAAGCUCUGAUUCGGAUUCUAUCCCUGAACAAAGGAAGAAAUCACAUGCAAGCGAUCGGGAUCGGUCCGGACGAGACAAAGAAAGAAGGCGAAGUGUGGAGAAAACGCGUUAUCGGAAGGUAUCUGAUAGUCCAGAACGUAGAGAUGACAGAAAACGCGAAACCCAUCGAGGAAGCUAUCGUUCUAGGAAUGAUGAUCGUAGGCGCUCCAGUCCAGUGGCAAAGAAGAACCGUUCGCGUUCAAAAGAUCGCAAACCUCACCGCCACAGGUCUCCGUCUCCAACUACUUCCGACUCUGACGAAGAGAAAGCAAUCCCCAACAGCGAUGAUUCCGAUGACGACCGCAAAGCAAUGAAAAGGAAAAAUUUUGGUCUUGUGUCCGCUUCUGGUAAAAAACUAGAAUUGUCUAAACGUGAUGAAGUUCGUCUCUACAAAAGGGAUGAAAUAAAGGCUCAUCAGUCUAAUCAAAAACCAUCGUGGAGUCGCCCGGAGAAAAAGGCUCCACUGACCGAGGAGGAAAUUGAAGCCCGAAGGAAAGCCAUGAUGCAGAACGCAGAAUGGAGGGACAAGGAGCGCAAGAAAAAUGUCCGCCGUUAUGAGGACGAAGACCACAAGGAGGAGCAAAAGGACAAGAGGUCGAAAUAUGAUAAAAAUUUCAUUACGGAACAGUUUAAGCAUGCCGCCAACAACGAAACAGUCGAGAAACGGAUCAAGUCCAACCGUAACAACAUCCAGCGUGCUGGUGGUUCUAUGAAUGAUCAUUUUGCGAAACGAUAGAGCUGUGUAUUUUAGUUUUUCAUCAAAGGUACUGCAUAUUGCUUCAAAUCGUUAGAAUGUUUAUUGUGUUGGACUAUGCUUGUUCGUUGAAUAUAUUAGACCUUAGCAAAUAGCGUUAAAGAAAGUGUAACACACUUAGUAGUUUAUAUGUUUAGUUGUAAGAAAUACCUAAUACGCAAAUGCGAUGUAAAUAAAUGUCUGAAAUAUGAAUAAAAUGAUCUAGUAUCAAA